AUGGCAGCUUUCAACGUCACCCCCUCUGACCCUUUAACAUUCAUCCUAGCGGGUGUCCCUGGCCUGGAGGCUGUUCAUGUCUGGAUUUCCAUCCCCUUCUCUAUAUUCUACAUUUCUGGCGUUUUUGGAAAUCUUACGGUUCUGUUUGUGGUCGGCAAAGAGCAGACGCUGCACAAGCCGAUGUACCUGCUGCUCUGCAUGCUGGCGCUCACAGACAUCGUCACACCUUCCUGUGUUUUGCCCAAGGCCCUGUGUAUAUUUUGGUUCAAUUUGAAAGACAUUACUAUGGCUGGCUGCUUCACCCAGCUGUUUAUCCUUCAUGGGUGUGUUGCGAUGCACUCGGCCGUCCUGGUGCUAAUGGCCUUUGAUCGCUACGUGGCCAUAUGUAACCCUCUGAGAUACCCCACCAUCCUCACCCUCACACGGGUAGCUAAGCUGGGGCUAGUGGGGUUGCUAAGAGCUCUUUUCCUCGUUCUGCCUCUGCCCCUGCUCCUGAGCAGACUGCCAUUCUGUGCCAACCGCGUUAUCCCCAGCACGUACUGUGACCACAUAGCAGUAGCAAAGGUGUCAUGUGGGGACAUCACAGUGAACAGUAUGUACGCUUUGGUGAUAGUGUUUCUUGGCGUUGGGUUAGACCUGACACUCAUAGCUGUGUCCUAUGGUCUCAUCAUCCGGGCCGUCCUCAGAAUCUCCUCCAAGAAAGCUCCCCAAAAAACCCUCAACACUUGCACAGCCCACCUCUGCGUGAUGCUGACGUCUUAUCCUGUUUUCCUCUUCUCCAGUCUCACACACCGGUUCGGUCAGGCUAUUGCUCCCUACGUUCACAUCAUCUUGGCCAACCUCUUUUACCUACUGACCCCCGUGCUCAACCCCAUCAUUUAUGGGGCCAAAACCAAAGAGCUCCGUGAGAAAGUGGGGAAAUACGCCUGCAGCAAGUCCUCUCAUCUGGGGGUCACCAACAUUAACCCUGCAUGA